AUGGUUGUCCUCCACGCAACAACACUCACAGAGUUCACAAACCUCCUCUCAGCAAACACAUACCUCGUCGCCGACUUCUACGCAGAUUGGUGCGGCCCCUGUCACGCCAUCAAACCCCUAUACGAAUCCCUCGCCAACACGCACGGCCAGCCCGGCUCCCUUGUCUUUGUAAAAGUAAACGUCGACUCUGCCCAGGAUAUCGCUCGACGCUAUGGCGUGACCGCGAUGCCGACCUUCAUGUUUUUUGAGAACGGCCAACCCUACAACGGCGGACGGAGCGUCAUCCGCGGCGCCGAUCCUAGGAGUUUGCAGACCACCGCCCAGGAGCUUGGUGGGCUGGCCAAGAAGAAGGCCGCUGAGGCAGCCGCACAGAAGGCCGAGGCCGAGAGGAAGAAGAAGGAAGCUGCCGCAGCCGCCGAGAAGGACGUCCAGCCUGACGAUGGUUCCACUGUGUCUGGCGGCUACACUCUCGGCGGCAACACGGGCCCGAGGUCGGACUGGAAAAUGUCCUUGAGGGGGUAA